AUGGCUUUCCGCUUCGCCGCAAGAAGACUCGCCCUCUCCCGCUCCGCCGUGCCGGCGCGUGCCUUCCACUCGACGCCCGCCGCCUUCGUCAAGGUUGGCGACGCCGUGCCCGAGGUCGACCUCGUCGAGAACUCGCCUGGUAAUAAGGUCAACCUCGCCGAGGAGUUUGGCAAGGUCACCAAUGGACUCAUCAUUGGCGUGCCCGCCGCCUUCUCCCCCGCGUGCUCCGCGAGCCACAUCCCUUCGUACAUCAACCACCCGAAGCUCAAGGAGGCCGGACCCGUCUUUGUCGUCUCCGUCAACGACCCCUUUGUCAUGAAGGCCUGGGGUGACCAAUUGGACCCCGCCGCCCAGACUGGAAUUCGAUUCCUGGGAGACCCGUCUGGCGAGUUCACCAGAGCGUUCGACGUCGACUUUGACAGCAAGGCUAUCUUCGGCAACGACCGCAGCAAGCGCUAUACCCUCGUGAUCGAGAACGGAAAGGUCAAGGAGGCCCACGUUGAGCCCGAUAACAUUGGUACCGCAGUUUCCCUGGCCGACAAGGUCUUGGGUUGA